CAUCACCCUCUCCAGGCAGCAGAAAUACCCUGGGCACUCUGGAUAUAGUGGUGCUGGUAGUCUACUUUCUGCUGGUUCUGGCUGUUGGCUUCUGGUCCAUGUGGAGGACAAAGCGCAGCACGGUGGAUGGAUACUUCCUGGCAGGGAAGAACAUGACCUGGUGGCCAGUCGGUGCCUCGCUGUUUGCCAGUAACAUUGGCAGUGGUCAUUUCAUCGGCCUGGCAGGGUCAGGAGCUGCUGCAGGAAUUGGGGCUAUUGCAUACGAGUGGAAUGGUUUACUGAUGUUGCUGCUGCUGGGAUGGCUCUUCCUGCCCAUUUAUAUCGCCUCUGGGGUGAUGACCAUGCCAGAAUAUUUGCAGAGGCGCUUUGGUGGUAGAAGAACUCAGAUAUUUAUAGCUGUCCUGUCCUUAUUCAUUUACAUCUUUACAAAGAUAUCGGUGGACAUGUAUGCUGGUGCAUUGUUUAUUCAGCUCGCAUUACAAUGGAACAUCUACCUUGCUGUGGUGGUGCUGCUGUCAAUCACUGCUCUCUACACUGUAGCAGGCGGUCUGGCUGCAGUCAUCUACACAGAUGCUGUUCAAACUGCCAUCAUGCUGGCCGGAGCGCUCACCCUCAUGGGCUUCAGCUUUGCGGAGGUCGGAGGCUGGGAUGCUCUGAUGGACGGAUACCUCAACGCCAUCCCUUCAAUACGUGUGCCAAACUCAACCUGUGGCAUCCCUCGAGAGGACUCCUUCCACAUAUUCAGAGACCCGGUGAACUCUGACCUGCCUUGGCCCGGGGUCAUCAUCGGCAUGUCCAUCCCCUCCAUGUGGUACUGGUGUUCUGACCAGGUCAUCGUGCAGCGCUCCUUGGCUGCUAAAACCCUGACCCAUGCCAAAGGUGGCUCCCUCAUGGCUGCUUAUCUAAAGAUUCUGCCUUUCUUUAUUAUCAUGCUGCCUGGCAUGAUCAGCAGGAUACUUUACACAGAUGACGUGGCGUGUGCAGACCCUGAGCUGUGUAAUCAGAUUUGUGGAAACCCAGUGGGUUGUUCAGACACAGCUUACGCCAGACUGGUCAUGGAACUGCUGCCUGCAGGGCUUCGAGGUUUGAUGAUGGCGGUAAUGAUUGCUGCCCUAAUGUCCUCUCUGACCUCCAUCUUCAACAGCGCCAGCACCCUUUUCACAAUGGAUCUAUGGAAGACUUUCAGAACCCGGGCAUCCGAGUGGGAACUUAUGAUUGUGGGCAGGGUGUUUGUUCUCGUGCUGGUGGUGGUGUCUGUGCUGUGGAUUCCUGUCGUCCAGGCCAGUCAGGGUGGGCAGCUUUUUAUCUACAUCCAGUCCAUCAGCACCUACCUACAGCCCCCAGUCUCCAUCAUCUUCCUUGCAGGGUGCUUCUGGAAGAGGGCUAAUGAGAAGGGUGCAUUCUGGGGCCUGGCUAUCGGCCUGGUGGUGGGCUGCAUCCGCAUGUUGUUGGACUUCAUUUAUCCUGCGCCCCUGUGCUAUGAGGAGGAUGACAGGCCCGGGGUGUUGAAAUACGUCCAUUACCUAUACUUCUCCACGUUGCUGUCCUUCCUCACACUGGCUGUGGUGGUUGUAGUCAGCCUGGCUACAGAGGAGCCCAAACCAGAGCAGAUUAGCCGCCUCACCUGGUUCACUAGGUCCGACCCGGUGGAGCCCAAAGAGCAGGUCUAUUCAGUGGAGCGGAGCAGUCAGAGCUUAGAGGUGAUCCCUAGUCAGCUACAUGAGAUGGAAGUCACAAUAAGAGAGCAGGAGAGCAGCAACGGAAAAGCAUGUCAGCACAGGAAAGACUCCUCAUCAUCCGUGUCCAGCGUCCAGAGCCAGUCCAGGCUGAUGUCUGCCCUCUACUGGGUGUGUGGGAUGGAGAGAAGGAGGGAAGGAGUCGAUAAUCCUGUGACGCGUCCUGCACCUGAACAAGCUAUCUGUUCUCUGGAGGAAAAGCCACGACUAAGAGUCAUUGUUAACGUUAACCUCGUAAUUUGCCUCUCUGUAACUGCCUUCAUCAUCGGCUACUGGGGUUGACAGGCAGGUCAUGAAACUCUCAGUGGACACUUGGUGUGUGGGGUGGGUAAAUAACUGUGUAUAUAUUAUUUUUUCAGAGUGUGAAAAACAUUCAACUUUCUUCUUGUUUUUGGUCUUAAAACUGACAGUAAAAUUGAACAUGUUCAUACAGCGAUGUUAUUUCCUUUAAAACACACGGUUCUUUGUCAUGUUUAACAAUUCGUACAAUUUCACAACAUUGAUGCCUGAAAGAAUGCUUACGUCACAUAUUUUGAUAAAAGCUCCUCUCCUCAUCUUUUUGUAAAAUAAUAACAACUGAAAAUGAUACCCUACACUGACUACGAUGACUGAUGCAGGUGAAGUCCCCUACAGGCUUUGCAUCCACCUUUGUUUGAGGAUCAAUUACAUUUUGACAAAUAACUGAAAAGAAGCUUACAAAACUGUAAAAUGCU